AUGCCUCGGUCCAGCCAUGCAAAGCCUUCCAAAUCCACCAGGACGGAUCUACAUAAAAAGGAAAGCACCCUGAAGAAGACAUUAAAGCGGGUUGCUAAGCAUAAGUUGUCAGGGAAGAUGAACCCUGGUAAACUGAAGGAAUUAAUUCAAAGAAGAGAUGCUAAGAAAGAAAUAGAAGGCAAAACUGUCACACCCUCCAGAAGCCUCAUGACCAGAGCUGGGGCAGCCCGAAUGAAUGAGGAUAUGAUGACCCAAGACCUUUUUCAGAAUCCAGAGUCCUUAACUUGCAAGGGGUUUACAAUGGCUCUCCGAAGGACCUCUCUUAGCAGGCGACUCUCCCAGUGCCCAGUAGUAACAUCCAUACCUAAGAAAGUGCCACCUUCUAAGAGUGUUAAGAACCAGCAGUGUAAUCCUAAUACCCAGGAUGACACAGUGGUAGAGCACUCAGAAAAUGAUUCAGUCCCCAGCCAAGACCCCAUCGUGUCCCCAGACACAGAGAACCUCAUUGGUGAAGAGAGCUUGUGUUUAGUUGAAGAUGAGAUCCAAGAGAUAGCCCAGUCUUGGCCUCAAAGGGUAGAAGAGUCCCAAAGCUGUCCUUCAGCAUAUGGGAGUCCUGCAACAGAUAUUCUUUCUGGGCCACCUGAAGGGACACAGUGUGAUGGACUACUCUCUCCUGAGACAUCAAAUGAUGUUGUCGGCACCUCCCCUCAGGAGUGUGCUCCUUUGCUUCAAAGAUCAACUCCUGAAGUCACCUCGCAGAAUGAAAGUAGCAAUCAGUUUGAAGACUUGGGGCCACAAGUAGACUGUCUUAAGCUACCAGAGCCUUCUCCCAUUCCAAUGGGAAGUGAACAUAAUUGCUUUCCCACCUCUGGUUUUAAGAUCCUACCUGAACUGGAUCUUAAGAAUUGCAUGUCUCUUGAUGGGUCUAUAUAUCCCACAGCUCUGAUAAAAUUCCUCUUGGCAGGCUCACAGCCAGAUAUUGUUGGUGCUAAAUCCCAAGAAGAAACCCUCAAAAGUAACCCCGAUCAAGCUGGGUGCUGCCCAGAUCAGUUUCUGGAUUCCACUUCUGUCCUAGGACAGGCUUUCAGUACUCUCCCACCUCAGUGGGAACUUCCUGGUGCUAACUUGGUUCCUGGUGAGGCCCUGGACAAGGUCUCAGACUCACCAGAGGAUCUUGGUGCUAUUACUUUAGUAAACCAACAAGAAACUAUGAAUGUGGGCAUGGGUACUUCCUCAGACCUGCCUACCUUCCUUCCUAACCCUUCAAACACAGUUGCUACCUACAGUACUCCUCCUCCUGGGCCUGAGCCCCACAGCUAUGCCUCCUGUGGGCUUGAGGACCAAGGUGCUAUACCAAUUUUAACUUUGGACUCAGGACUUGCUCCCCAACCCCCACCAAAUGCCGAGGUAAAUUCAAUACCUCCAGUAAUAGCUACAAACAGUAUACAAGAUGAGAAGCCUUGUGUAAACCCUUUUCCAGUUAACACAGGGUUUACAUUUGCCUCCGAGAAUGGGCUCCAGAAUGCUCCAUUGGAUCUGACCCAGUGCUCUCAGGCUGCUUCCAGCAAAUUGGAAGGAGGGAUGAUUUCUCAGGCCAACAUGGCCAGUGCAGCUGAUGUCAAAACCACAGUGUCACAGGCCAGUGCCUCUUCAUGUAAAUCUACACCACCCAUUGUGGAGAGGAAGAAACGUAAGCCUUGUGGGGUCUGUGAGCCCUGCCAGCAGAAGACCAACUGUGGAGAGUGUACCUACUGCAAGAACAGAAAGAACAGCCACCAGAUCUGUAAGAAGAGAAAGUGUGAGGUGCUCAAAAAGAGGCCAGAUGCCACCACAUGGGUACAGGUUACAAAAGAAAACCAGAGGCCCCAGAAGGAAAAGAAGCCCAAAGUUUCAAAGAAAGACUGUAACAACAAACCAGUAAAUGGCCCCAAGCCAGAGUCCAUGGAACACAGCCAAUGUGGUCAUGGGGAAGAAGGGCAGAGAUUGGAUUUGAUCACACACCCCCUUGAAAAUGUAGGAAAGAAUACAGAAAGCAUGACAGGAAUUGAUGUGGGGCAGUGGACGCCAACCAAGAAAGCCCACUUAUCAGGACAGGUCAAGGGAGACCCCGAUGCAAAUUUAACUGAGGUUGAAAAUUCCCAGCCCUCUGAAGAUGACAGGAUAGAAAACAAACCUUCCCCUAUGUUAGCACAGACCAUAAGAGACUUCAUGAAAAAUGUACACUGUUUACCUGCAGACACAAACCUUCUGAUCAACAAAUUGGAUAUUCAAGAAAUUAGCAAGGUAUUGGGAAAUAAUUCCUCUAAAUUGCUGACUGACCCCUCAAACUGCAAUGAUGCCAUGAGCUCCAUCAUUUCUGAUGGAAGUUUUGAUCAACUCAAGGAGACAAAUGACAUCUUGCUCUUCCAGAAGCCUGGCUUGAACUGCCGAUCUGGUGCAGAAUCCACCAUCUAUAACAAUCACCCUGAUACACAUAGUGCUGGUAGUCAACCCCAAACCCCUGAGAAGGCACCUAUUAAAGAACCUAAAAGUGACUCUCCAGUUCAGCCAAGUCUUUUAUCACUAAUGAAAGACAGGAGAUUGACACUGGAACAAGUGGUAGCCAUCGAAGCCCUAACUCAGCUCUCAGAGGCUCCAUCAGAGAAUUCCUCCCCAUCCAAGUCAGAAAAGGAUGAAGAGACAGAAGAGAGGACAGCUAGUCUGCUUAAUAAUUGCAAGGCUAUACUUAGUUCUGUGAGAAAAGACACCCAAGACUUCAACUCACAAAAGAAAUGUCUUCAGCACCAGGCCACUGUGUUUUUCAAUAGCCAGAACACAAUGUUCAGUUUGUUGGAUAGUUCAGCUACUAACGAAGCACUUAUAAGGUCACAUCAGCAAUCGAAUUCACUGGUAUCCAGUAGGAAAGACACUGCUGGAGGCAAAUCUACCCUUCAUAGUUCUGAGAUUUCAUAUCUAAUGCCGGUAAAAAUUCAUAAUCCGGAAAACUGCUGUCCGGCAGUAAACAGUGAUCCAUCAUGUCACGAUGCACCCUACAGUCAAAUUGAGGAGGAUGUCGCAGCACAAUUAACCCAGCUUGCAUCCACAAUUAAUUACAACCUCACAUAUCCAGAAAGUGAGAACACUGAAAGGCCACUGGGGAGCCUUGCUGCCAAGACUAUACAGCAGAAACAUAGUCAGGAGAAAGGCAUAGCACAACAGAAACCACCUUCAAAUAUACAAAACAAACCUAGCAUACCGCCAGCCAAGCCAAAGAACAAGAACCGGAAAAAAGCAAAAUCAACUCCCAAAACAGACAAACAGAAAAAGGAACCCCCUGUACUUAGCUCUCAAGAAAAUGAUCAGAAAAAACAAGAGCAGCUUGCAACUCACUAUAGUAAAAUGCACGACAUUUGGAUGUCAUCAAAAUUUCAAAGAUUUGGCCAGUCUGGUCCACAUGAUGUUCCUGUGAUAAUGGGAAAUAUUCCUGUCUUUGACCAAAUAUUAACACCGGUGGCUCAUAGUGACAUACCCUUACAACACAAUACGCUAUUUCCUCCUGUCAGACAGAUAAAAUUCACAAGACAGUCUGAAUUGGCAAAGGAGGAAGUAAAAGUUGAACCAUCAUUCCCCUUACAAAUGGAAUCCAGCAGGCAGACAUUUGAAGAUCUGGCAGAUGUAUCUCAGGUAGAGACUAAGGCAAAUGUCACUGAGAAAGCUUUCCCUCUGCCCCAGUCUUCCCCUCCAGUUAACCCGUGUGCUAACAUGCCUGGUGCUAAUAAAACACAGAUUCACCUAGGCGCUCAAGAGAGCCUGAUGCAUCAGAUACCACCAACGUUGCCUGGUACUUCUCCUGAGACACCCUUUCUAGACCUACAGUCCAACCCUAGGAAAGUGAACGUGUCAAGUUCCAAUGGAAUUACAGUUGUGAAUGCAGAACCACAAACACCAAGCGAUGGACCAUUGGGUGACACCACCACACCCAGAGCACAGGCAGAAUUGAAUGAGACCAUCAUGAACUGCCUUAGGGAACCUGCAAAAUUGCUGCUACCUGGAAGGAAUGAGAAGGACUCUGAGUUGGAAGAGCCAGCCUGUGAUUGUAAAGAUCAAUCAGACAAAGGCCCAUAUUAUACACAACUGGGGGCAGGACCAAGUGUUGCUGCUAUCAGGGAGAUCAUGGAGACUAGAUACGGUGAAAAGGGAAAGGCGAUACGGAUUGAGAAGGUAGAGUACGUGGGAAAAGAGAGCAGGAGCUCACAGGGCUGCCCAGUCGUCAAGACUGUACUUAGAAGAAGCAACGAUGAUGAGAAGGUUCUCUGUUUGGCCCGGAUACGUGUAGGUCACCACUGUCAGACAGCUGUGAUAGUUGUGGCCAUCGUUAUUUGGGAUGCCAUCCCCCGACCAGUGGCAGACAAUAUGUAUGAUGAGAUAACAGAUAACUUAAGAUCCUACAGCGGACAUCCCACUGACCGAAGAUGUACCUUCAAUGAAAAACGUACCUGUACCUGUCAAGGCCUCAAUCCAAAGACAUGUGGAGCAUCUUUCUCAUUUGGGUGUUCAUGGAGCAUGUAUUUAAAUGGCUGUAAAUUUGGGAGAAGCCCAAACCCAAGAAAAUUCAAACUUGCUCCAAACUAUCCAUUAAAUAACUACUAUAAGAGAAUUACUGGAAUACUACGUAAAUCCAAAAUAAGACGCAGAAGAUAUGUGAGACCUCUGAAACCCAGGUGGUUGAUUCUGGAACACAAGGCCCAGGAAAAGAAGAUUGAAGGGAUUUUAAACAAAAUGGCUGACAAAUUAGCUCCAAUAUAUAAGCAGAUGGCCCCAGUUGCUUAUCAAAAUCAGGUGAAGUAUGAAGAUGUUGCUGCCGACUGUCGACUUGGUACUAAGAAAGGCCGUCCUUUUUCUGGUGUCACCUGUUGCUUGGAUUUCUGUGCCCAUUCUCACAAGGAUAAUCACAACAUGAUUAAUGGAAGCACUGUGGUUUGUACUUUGCUUCGAAAAGAUGCCCGAGACAGAAAUAAUCCCCAGGAUGAGCAGUUCCAUGUCCUUCCACUACACCGGCUUGCAGACACUGAUGAAUUUGGCUCCCGGGAGGGGAUGGAAGCUAAAAUCCGCUCUGGGGCCAUCGAAGUCAUUAAGCCAUCCAUGAAGAAGCUACUGCAUUUCAAUGAGCCUAUUCCUCGAUGUGGGAAGAGGAGGACCACACCAAUGAAGCAGAACAUAAAUCCAGUUGCUGAUGAAGUCAAAAGGAAGAGGAACUCUUCUACAGAUUCCCCUGUUGAUGCUGAGCCUCGGACUAGUCCAUCUGAGCAGCUAACAUCCAAUCAGUCAUACCCUCUGGUGACAGAUGAGCAGCGAUCUGCAGCAGAUGAGGCUCUCUCAGACGACCUUUCCUCCGAUGAGAUUAUCAUCACUCAAACUGAGUUUUUGUCAGACAGUGAGGAGGUCUACUAUGAUCCUAGUUUUGGUGGAGUAGCGAUAGCAGCUACUCAUGGUUCCGUGCUGAUUGAAUAUGCCCGGGGUGAGGUUCACGCUACCACCUCUCUGAAAAAACCCAACCGAGCUUUUCCUAUACGUGCAUCCCUUGUAUACUACCAGCACAAAAACCUGAAUUUGCCCCGACAUGGUUUUGAUCUUUACAGGAUUAAAUAUAAACCCCGUGAUUUAAAAAGAAAAAAGCCCGUAGUCAAGGUGGGUCCUGAUUUAUCCCUUGAAUCCAAUUUACACCACACAAUUCCUUCUCGUAUUGCACCGACCUUAACCCACAACAAUGUUGUCACUGUAUCUUCUUAUGCUCUCACUAACAUUGCAGGGCCCUAUAACCAUUGGGUCUGAAGGCUUUUCUCUCAAAUUGCCUUUGCUAGAGCAGUGUGUAGUUUCUACGGUGCUGUUCAAAAGAAAAUCACAUUGGUGUUUACUGUAUCUUCAUUUCACCCAUUUUAAUUCUGAGGUAAAAUUUAAAUGGGGGUAGUUAACUGUGACUAUAUUUUGAUAUUUG